AUGAAGCAAGUCGAUUUUCAUUCGUACACAAACCUGCGUGAUAUCUCCUUUUGUAUUUACGUAUUCACGAGUUUUAUUGUCUCCUCUCUUCGUUUGGCCGACGAGGUAAAACUCUGUUCGACUCUUUGUAGUGGUGGUGGUGGUAGUGGAGAUUCACCCCGACCAGCUGGGAGUGGUUCAAAUCAGAUGAGUAAUUCUGGAAGAGGUGGCAGUUUUACAGAAAAUUUGAAAUGGCGAAGUGAACACCCGGGAACAGAUGCACCAGGUCUUUUAGCCGAACAGGAAGCCCUUCUUCAAGAGCAGGAUGAGCAUCUUGACCAAUUGGGUACAAGUAUCUCUCGGCUUAAGAAUAUGUCUCAUCGGAUCGGUAUGGAGUUGGGUGAUCAGGUUGCGUUACUAGAUGAUUUUGGUGAAGAGAUGGCUCAAACAGAAUCUCGGCUGGAUCAUGCGAUGCGCAGGGCUGCUCAUCUCCUUCAUAUUGACUCGUCACGGGCUCAGUGGUUCGUUAUUGGAAUCCUACUGCUCACUCUCCUGAUUAUCAUUAUACUCUUCGCAAUCCUUUGA